AUGUCGUUGUUCCGACCAUAUAUCUACAAAAAGCAUCCGGAUUGUCUUCUAGAGAUCUCAGAGCGUGUCUACGUUUUUGACAGCUGUUUAUCAAACGAUGUAGUCAUGGGAGGAGAUGAGUACACACUAUACUUGGUUGACGUGGUAUCACAGCUGCAGGAUCAUUUCCCAGAAACUUCUUCUUGUGUCUUGGUGUCUAAUUUUGGAGAACAACGGAGUCAAAUAUCAGACGUCUUGUCUCAUUACAACAUGACUGUAAUGAAUUAUCCUUGUCACUACAAGAGUUGUCCGCUUUUACCUCUUGAGAUUAUCCAUCACUUUUUAAAAUUGAGCGAAAGCUGGUUAUCAUCACCAUCACCAUCAUUUGGAGAUCAACGGAAUGUCCUGCUGUUGCAUUGUGAAAGAGGUGCUUGGCCUCUUCUUGCUUUUAUGUUAUCAGUACUUCUAUUAUACAGAAAGCAGUAUCAAAGCGAGGAGAAGACUCUUGAGUUGGUAUAUAAGCAUGCUCCUGAGGAGCUUCUUCAUCUGUCCUCUCCGUUAAACCCGCUUCCUUCUCAACUAAGAUAUCUUGAAUACAUUUCUAGAAGAAACUUAGACUCUGACGAUUGGCUUCCUGUAGACACACCUCUUCUUUUGGAUUGCUUGGUUCUCAGAGAUCUCCCUCGUUUUGAAGGGAGAGAAGGUUGUAGACCAGUGUUAAGGGUUUAUGGUCAAGACCCUAGAAACCGUUCCAUACUUGUCUUCUCAACGCCAAAGACAAUGAAACAAACUCGCCUUUACCAACAGGAAGAAUGUAACCUGGUGAAAUUAGAUAUCAAGUGCCGUGUUCAAGGGGAUAUUGUUCUGGAAUGUAUACACUUGCAUGAUGAUUUGGUACGUGAGGAGAUGGUCUUUAGAAUCAUGUUCCACACAGCAUUUAUACGUGGUAAUGUUUUAAUGGUCCAACGCAAUGAGAUAGAUGUACUUUGGGAUGCCAUGGACCAGUUCCCAAAGGAAUUUAAGGCAGAGGUACAUUUUUCUAGCACAGUCCCACCUCCUCCAAUGUGUAGAGGAACAACACCAACACCUCCUCCACCUCCUGGUAGUAGAGGGCUUGAGGCAUCCCCACCUCCUCCACUUCCAAAAGGAGCUGCAGUUGAUCUCAAGGGUACACAAAGAAAGUGUGGCCUUCUAUGUCCAAUGUAUGGACCACCGCCGCUGCCACCACCACCUCCACCUCCAACUAUGCGUAGAGGAGCCUCACCUUCUAAUACUCCUCCUCCUCCCAUGAAGCCUGGAAACCCCCCACCGCCUCCUCCACCUCCUGGUUAUAGAUGGCCUAGGGUACCGCUACCUCCAAUGUUUAGAUUAAAACCUCUGUACAUUUCUAGAAGACCCAUAGCCUCUGAGUGGCUUCCUUUAGACACGCCUCUUCUUUUGGAUUGCUUGAUUCUCAGGGGUCUCCCACAUUUUGAAGGGAGAGAAGGUUUCAGACCAAUUUUAAGGGUUUGUGGUCAGGACCCUAGAGCCAUAGCCAACAAGAGCUCCAUAGUUCUCUUUUCCACUCCAAAGUCAGAGAACCACACUCAUCUCUACCAAAAUGAAGAGUGCAUCCUGGUGAAAUUAGAUAUCAAGUGCCUUGUUCAAGGGGAUGUUGUUCUGGAAUGUGUAAUCUUGCAUGAUGAUUUGGUUCGUGAGGAGAUGAUCUUUAGAAUCAUGUUCAACACAGAAUCUGUACGUGGCAAUAUUUUAAUUGUUCAACCCGAUGAAAUGGAUAUCCUUUGGGAUGCCAAGGACCAGUUCCCAAGUGAAUUUAAGGCAGAGGUACUCUUUUCUGGAGCUGAUGCCAUGGUGUCUACUACUAUCGCUGCAGCUCUAGUGUCAGAUGAUGAGAACGAUUUUGAUAUUACUUCACCUGAAGAACUUCAUGGGAUAAAGGAGAUUUUUAGCGAUGUGAUUGGUGGCACUGCUUCAGAUGAACCCAGUGAGGUUCUUGAUUCAAAUCAUAAAGAUGGUAUGCAUGCAGAGACUAGCAAGAAGGGUCCUACUCCAAUGCGUAGAGGAGCACCAAUACCUCCUCCACCUCCUAGUCGUAGACUGGCACCGCCACCACCUUCUGGUGGAUCUUUUCCAUGAUGGUUCAGCGCUAAACCAUCAAUCAAACCGAGUGAAGAAACCAAACUCAGAGUACCAAGAUUAACUGGUUUGUCUGAGUGCAUGUUUUAAUUGUUGUUUUCUUUGUUUCAGCAAAUAAUAAAAGAUGUGAUUUUCUUCCUAAACUUUAGGACCAAAGCACACUUCAUGCUCACAUUUCAUUUUCACUGUUUUCUUUAAUUCCAUGUUCGCA